UAGUAUUAUUAUUAUGUAUCCCCUCUCUUUGUUAUUUAUCAAUUCAUGUAUUGAUGUGAAAACGUAAUAAUUACAUUUAUAAUAUAUUACGAUCAUUUUUAAGUAGUUACAUUCAUGAACAUAUUUUUUUAAGGGAAAACAUGGUGACAGAAGAAGCAACAGAAAUAAAGAGGCCUUUACCAGUAUUUAAAAACCCAUCAUUUCAACAGAAAUUUAGACCAAUAAGUAUAUCAGGUAAAAAACGGACUUGGCGUUCAUUAAAACAAGUACUUGCUCAAGAGCGGAGUCUACCUUGGCCUCCGGAAUUUGUUCAUUACAGUUCAAUAAAUGCACCACCCAGCUUUAAACCAGCCAAAAAAUACUCAGACAUCUCAGGCUUAUUAUCCCGAUAUACGGAUCCACAAACAAAACUCUAUUACUCAACUACUGAAGAAUUUUCAACUGUGCGCAGCUUACCAAUGGAUAUCACUGCAGGGUAUCUUGCACUUCGUGGAGCAUCUAGUAUAGUUGGUUAAUUUACAUUAAUUAAAGAGGUUUUUUUAUUUAAAAGGAAAAAAAACAUUGAACUUUUUAUCGCUUUUAUAUCAUAUUUUAUAUCAUUAUUUUAUGUAUUUUAUUUUACAUAUUUGA